CUGGGGAUCAACGGCUUUACCUCUCUCCUGCAUCUGCACACAUUUUAACUCUUCGUUGUCUUCGAGGCUAAUCAAGAUAUUUAGCAGGUGUUUUUUUAACAGCUAUGUCCCUGAAGGACCAACAGGAUUAUUGCUUUAUAUAUAAUGAUCCAACUCAUCAUGCUGAUGUUUUGGACUCAUUUCUGGCAUUCUACAAAGAAGGUUUAUUCACAGAUGUCACUUUAGUUAGCUCCACAGGUAAGGUGUUCCACUGUCACAAAGCAGUCCUGGCAGCCUGCAGUAACUACUUCAAGGUAAUGUUUACAGCAGAUAUGAAAGAAAAAUCUAAAACUCAGAUCAAACUUUCUGGUAUUGACCACACAAUCUUACAAGCCUUGAUUAACUACACAUAUACUGCACAGAUUGGGAUUACAGCAAGGAACGUCCAAAAUCUUAUCCAGGCUGCAGACCAGCUUCACUUUGUCUCUGUUAAAGAUGCUUGUGAGCAGUUUCUGGUAAGACAUCUGGAUGUUGGUAACUGCUUGGGGAUGCAUUCUUUUGCAGAAUUCCAUGUUUGUCCUGACUUAGAAAAGGAGUCAAGACGAAUAAUAGUAUCACAAUUUGAUGAUGUUUGGAUACAAGAUGAAUUUGUAGAAAUCAGUUUGGAGAAAGUACUCUAUAUUUUUUCCCAAGAGAACCUCAAUGUAUGGAAAGAAGAUACACUUCUGAGGCCGCUAGCUCGGUGGUUGGCUCAUAAUUGCAGGGAUCGUAUACAAUAUAUUCAUGAUCUAUUGAAAUGUGUUAAACUGGACAUAGAUGUUGAUUAUUUAAGAACUUCAUUGGCCUUACACAAAAAACAUUUGCUAAAUGAAAAUAAAAUACAGUCUUUGUUAUAUUUUGCUUUGAGAACUCAAACACAAGAGAUGUCAAACCGAACAAGUGCAAAUAUGCUGGUGAUUGGAGGUUAUUACUGGCACCCGUUAUCAGAAGUGCAUGUUUGGGAUCCUAUAAGCAAUAACUGGAUUCAGGGAGCUGAUAUGCCUGAUCAUACCAGGGAAAGCUACAGUGCCACCAACUUAGGUGCAAAUAUUUAUAUCACAGGGGGGUACAGGACUGAUAACAUUGAAGCAUUAAGCACAGUGUGGAUCUAUAAUGCAGAACUGGAUGAAUGGAAAGAAGGCUGUCCCAUGCUCCAAGCAAGGUACUACCACUGUUCAGUUACUUUAAAUGGAUGUGUCUAUGUCUUAGGAGGUUAUAGGAAAGGGGCCCCUGCAGAGGAAGCAGAAUUUUAUGACCCACUUAAAAAGAAUUGGGUUCCCAUUGCUAACAUGAUAAAAGGUGUUGGUAAUGCAACUGCUUGUGUAUUACGUGACACUAUUUAUGUGAGCGGCGGUCACUAUGGUUACAGAGGAAGCUGUACAUAUGAUAAAAUACAGAGCUACCGGACAGACUUAAAUGAAUGGAGUAUUUUUGCAGUGUGUCCGCAUCCAGAGUAUGGACUGUGCUCCGUUGCACUACAAAACAAGCUUUAUCUUAUUGGGGGACAGACAACAACUACAGACUGCUAUGACCUGGAAAAUAAUGAGUGGAAGGAGAUGUCUCCAACAAUGGAAAGAAGAAUGGAAUGUGGAGCAGCUGUCAUAAAUGGAUUUAUCUACAUCACAGGUGGCUACUCCUAUUCUAAAGGCACCUACCUACAGAGUAUAGAAAAGUACAACCCUGAAUCUGACAAAUGGGAGGUGGUAGGAAGUCUUCCCAGCCCUAUGCGUUCACAUGGCUGUGUUAGUGUUUACAAUGUCUAGCGACUCCAGUACAAAGUACUUCAGCAGAUAAAAUUACAUUUUCUUAUUACAUAUAUGUGGACUGACUGUUUAAAUGAAUGAAAACAAUUUUACUAAAUUAUUUGUUUAUGAAAAUGUACAGAAGUGUAAUAAUCUUACUUGUUGAUCCACAAUAAAAAAGUUUUAGAUCUAGUAACUAAUUUUCAGUAGAGAUCCCUGCUUGCAAUUGAGGAUAGUGCAACUUAUUAGAAUAUUUAUAUCCCUUUAAAAUAUCUUGUUUUAUGAUUUGAAUACAAUUUUCUGUGUCACUAGUGAUUUUUUUCUUUUAUUAUUCAGAUAGAGCAUGGCAUUUUAAACAACUGUCUUCAUUCUCUUGUUAUCUUUUGUUGAAAAACAGGAAUAUAAACUCUGGAGCGUGCACGAGUCUAGAGCACUAUAUGAUAGCAGUUUUGCAAGAAUGUUAUUCAUUCGCAAGAGCAGUAGAGGGCAGGACUAUUUCCUGCCAUGUAGUGUGCCAGACACCUACUUCGGUAUCUCUUCAACAAAGAAUACCAUCAGAAUGAAGCAAAUGUAAUAAUAGAUAUAAAUUGGAAACUUUUUUAAAAAUGGUAUGUUCUGUCUUAGUCACAAAAUACAUGUUUUGAGAUUUAUAUCCCUUUAAAGGGACAUUGUACUGUAAAAUGUUCUACCUUUUUAAUGUUUUUUGCAGAGAUCCAUUGUACACAAUGGAGCAUAUUAAAUUGUUUACAAAUA